UCGAACUUCCAAUCAUUUGUCAUGGUUAAAGGUUUAUUAUGGUUAAAGCUUGAAAGUUCGACGUUCUCUGUGGCUGUCUUUAUGUAACUUUUGUCGUCUUCGCUGUUAAUUGUCAUGUGCCAACCGGCCCCGCUCUUCUUUUAGUUAGAGAAUCAUGGUUGUUACAGGGAGCGUUCUGGCGGCCAGUCCUACUUCGUCUCCUGUGCCGUCCAUGUGUCACCUUGAACAUACUUUCUUGCAGCAGUGAACCAAUGGCUGCUGUGGUAGAAGAUGUGGAGACACCCUCCAAGCAUCCCAUAGAAGACUCAGGUCAGAGUGGUGCCAAACGACAGAAAGUGCUUUUGGAGGAUGACGCUGAUGAGACUAAAACAAAAGCCAAGGCAAAGAAGAUGGCGAUGUGCAUGACUUACAAUGGAAAAGGAUACCUUGGUAUGCAAAGGAAUCCAGGUGCUAAGACAAUAGAAGAAGACCUGUUCCAAGCAAUGUAUCGAGCACGACUUCUCUCACAAGACCAAUUGGAUUCUCCUCAGAGCAUCAUGUUCCAGCGGGCUGCCCGCACUGACAAAGGAGUCUCCGCAGUUCGUCAGGUCGUCUCUCUUAAGUUACCAACCAAUAUUCCAGCCGAAACCAUGGUGGAUAACAUAAACAAUGAGCUGGGUGACAACAUUAGAGUCAUAGGAAUUAAAAGGACAACACGAGGAUUCAACUCAAAGAACAACUGCGAUGCCCGCACCUACAGCUAUAUUCUUCCAUCUUUUGCGUUUGCCCAUCCAAAUGUUGCUGCGAGUAUCGAAUACAGAAUUUCAGGCGAACGGCUGGAGGAAGCCAACAGAAUCCUGUCUCUCUACAAGGGUUGUCACAAUUUUCACAAUUUCACAUCAGGAAAGAAGCCUGAAGACCCCAGUGCCAUGCGAUACAUCAUAACUUGUGAGUGCAGCAAACCCUUUGAGCAAAGAGGCUUGGAAUUUGUCCAGAUCCAGCUGAAGGGGCAGAGCUUCAUGUUGCAUCAAAUACGUAAAAUGGUGGCAUUAGUUAUUGCUAUCAUGCGAGGCUACACUAGUGAAAGCACCAUUCGCAGAGCCUGGGGACCAGAAAAACUGGACAUUCCGAUUGCACCUGCAUUGGGACUGAUGCUGGAAGAGGUGCACUAUGAAAGGUAUAACCAGAAGUAUCGAGGAGAUGGUCUACAUGAACCUCUUACAUGGACUGAGAAACAGGACAUUAUUCAUACCUUCAAGGAGAUGCACAUCUACCCUACCAUAGUAGAAACUGAGGACCGAGAGCAGUCUAUGCUUAGCUGGAUGGAAAGCCUACAGAUGCACACAUAUGACAUACGGGAAGCUGGACCCCCUUCUGUGGUUGCUGUGAACAAGAACCAUGAGAUGGAAGAUGACACGAGAGCUGGCGAUGUGAAUGGAUGCAACACACUUGAAGACGGCAAAUCUUAAAAAUGGAACACAAUGAAUAGUGAAGAGCUGAAAAGAGCCUGCUGAUGGCAUUCACACGUGGCCACCUUCUUUUUAAACUUUUUAGCUAUUGCCAACAAGAAAAAAACCAUGAGUCCAUAUUGGCAAGGCUGGACAACGCAUCAAGGAAAUUUGAAAGUUGUUGAUUUCUGCUCUACCUUGAUCCCUUGCAGUGCGGUCCAUAGCAAUGAGACAGUAAACCAUUUCGUUGGGCUAAUGACUUGACAUUUACUAAAAGCAUUAUUUUGUACAAAGUGUAAAUAAAUUUACACCUUUAGGUGAGAUGACAAGAUAUGCAAGGAAACUCAAGUAAUUUCUUGAUGAGAAUGAUUAUGCCAGUGUGUUACUGAAUUGGUACACUAUUCAAAUAUGGACCAACACAGGCUAGUUGUGCAAUUGAUUCACUUUGGCAACCAGGUUAACUGUGCCGCAGCACUUUCCCUACUGUCACAGACUCAGAUACAUGAUAGAAUAAGUGGGAGUUGCCUCACUCUUUGGAUGUCACAAAACAUAAUUUGCUUUUACUGGUCAGCUAUGCGAACUGAAAUUACUAGGGAGCAUUCUUGUUACUGCCAGCAUUACCCAGUCUUUAAAUUCAACUCUGAGCAUGACAAAAUUGCUUGGCCCAUGGUCAAGUCCAGCUCACCAACUCUAUGCUCUAAAAUCACUGCUUAACCUUCAGGACACUGCUAAUCUCACAUUCAUUGUUAUUCCUUUGACGGCGUCUAGUAGGGUGUCACAUGUCGCAGAAAAGUACUCACUUACUUUCACUGAAAUAAAGCGUUGUUGCAGUAUUAUUGCCAAGAAUGCA